GUAAAUUGUUGUGUCAAGAUGCUUCUGUUUGGGGUCAUGCUACAUGUUCUUCUUCAGCAAGGAAAUGCCCUGGCUCCAGUGGUGACAGUCCAGUUGGGCAAAACUGUGACUUUAACAUGUGAUGUAAAUAAGGUCCACCAGAAAAGGGACUGGCUUCACUGGUACAAGCAGACUGCAGGAGAUACUCUCAAAUUAAUUUUAAUGCAUAAGAUGAAUACAAACCCUGUUUAUGGACCUGGAUUUCCAUCCUCAGCUUUCAACGCAACAUCGGAUGACAAAACGUUUAAUCUGACAAUCUUAGAGACUGCAAGAGAAGAUGAGGGAAUGUACCACUGUGCCUAUAGCAACUGGUUUGAAUCUACAUGGAAUGGGAUGUAUUUAUUAAUAGAAGGAAACACUGAGAGAACUUCAAGCUACCGUGUUGUUCAGCAGCCAGCUGUUCUAGAUCCAUCCCGUCCAGCAGACUCAGAUACUCUGCAGUGUUCACUCCUUUCUCAGCCUGAGGAAAAAACCUGUUCAGGAGAACCCAGAGUGUUCUGGUUAAGAGCCAAACUGGACAAGUCUGUUCCAGAUCUCAUCUACACCGAUGGAAAAACGCAUGAAAAUUGUGAGAAGCCAUCAAACACUCAGAAGAGAUGUAGUUAUAACUUCUCUAAGAAGGUCUCCCCUUCUGAUGUUGGGACUUAUUACUGUGCCGUGGCCACAUGUGGAGAGAUAUUACUUGGAGACGGAACUAGAGUUGAAAAUGCUCAUUCAUUGAGUGAUGUUAUGUUGCUGGUGAUAACUGUGAUCUGCUUGGCCAUUUCGAUGGUUUUGAAUAUUGUUUUAAUCUGUUGCCAAACUCAAAGAACAUCACGCAAAAACAAGGAAAGCUCCUCUUCACGACCACAAUACAAUGACCAAAGCCGACCAGAUGAUUUUGGACCAUGAACAGGAGAGAGUUUAAGACUGAAGAAAGUGUCUAUUCAAAUGUCA